AAAGGACUUAGCGCAUGGUUCUCAAUUAUUAAAAAUUUAAUGCAUAUACCUUCCUUCUGACUACACUUUAUAAAUUUUCUGUUUGCAUUGUUGAUAAACUGCAGUAAUUAAAAAAAUGAUCAGCUCAAAUGUAACCUCCGAUUUGGAAGAAAAAAAGUUAAUGAGUUUGCGGGUCACGUGAUCUUGUGACGUCAAAGGCGACAAUACCGAUCAUCUGUUCACGUUAUUCUUACCAAACCCCUAUCCGACUUUUCUAAUUAUGGACGACCAAAUUGCUGAUAUUGUUGACAUCCCUGAUAGGUUAGAUAUUCAACCAUAUAUGUUCGAGCCGCUAGCAGCUGAAAAUCUACAAAAUCAACAAGAGAACAGCGAAGAAAGUGAGGAAGACGAGGGCAACGACGAGGAGACUCGCCUCGGAAGUACAGCAUGGUGCGAGUGUGGCUUUUGUGAGGUCAUGAGGACCAGUAUUGAAUGUAUUUGCUGUGCAGAAGUUUCACUCAUUCAAAGAAUCUGCCAGGACUGCAACCUAGAAUGCAUCACACAACACCAAACCUUUAUUGACAACUGCCUCAAUGAGAGGGUAUUAGAGGUCAGCCUGCAUGAAUACAUCCAAAUGGAGGGGCCUCUUGAUGAUAAUGAGCCAAUGAACGAAGUUCUUCGUCACAUUGCAUACAGGAGGUUUGUAUUCUGGGUCUGGCAUAGGCUUGGUCGCGGCAACCGAAAGGUACUACCAUCUUGUGUUGUCAACAAGAUUCGAGAUAGGUUUCCUUCAGAAUACUACACCGGAUUCCAGUACCCUCGACCAGUAUAA